AUGGCCAAACGACCUUCAGCGUCUUACGCAGUAUGUGAGCCUCCACCAAAGCGCGAUCUCGAGCUGUGCAAGGUCGUGUUUGGCGCAGCGAUAAGUCAGAUCCUGUACUCCAGACGCGCCCUUCCACCCGAGUGUUUCCAACUGUUGCCAGUGGCUGGAGUUGUAUCGAGAUCUUUUGAAGAUAUCGUUGCCUCGGGGUCCGGUAUUCACACUCAUGACAAGGAGAUUCUCAGGGAACAGGCACACACAGUGUACUUUCGGCAAACUGGGAAUUACGGGCUCAACCGCUUUUUGGGCAUCUUGGAAGAAGAUAUUUUCCCACUUAUCGAGAACGAAGCUCUUGUCAAAUUCCGGAUAUCGUUCCUGCGGACAAAGGCAUGGGGCGAGAAGAGUCUGGUCGAAUAUUACACCGUCGCGUUCAAGUAUGAGCACAACGGCGUUUAUAUCCUGGACAUCUGGAGGGCAGGGAUGGGGAUUCAGCACGCUGCCACCACUGAUUCCCAGCUGUGGGACUUGGGAGACUAUCUCAGCCGGCUUCCGUCCUGGACAGAACCCAUGCACUGGACGUUGGCAUUUCAUGCCACAGAACGCCCGGACGACCCUCCCAUUGGUGUUUGGAAGUUCGACCGCUCCGAUUUCGAUGACGCCAACCUCGACUUGCAGCAGCGGGAUGGAUAUGCCUACACAAGGGUUACGCGUCUCGAGAUCAUGCCCCUGCCCCUAGUUGGUAUGGACAGAGUGAUACGCGAGACUAGCCACGACUCCGAGCCUGAGGUUCCUGUCCACAAAGAGCCCUCAAGCAAACGUCCAAAGACAUCAGCAGCCAGCCGGGCUGAGAAGAAGCGGAAGAAGACGCAGAACUCAGCAAAGGGUGUCGUGCGGUUUCGAGCGUCAAAAGCAGCGCAACCCUCGCCGCCAAUAACAGCUGUUUCGAGCAGGAACGUGUCAAAGAACCACACAGUGGAAAGAGUUGAUGAGGAAGAGCUCAUGAGCCACAACAAGGGCAAGGAGGCCUCGCUUGGAGCGGAAUGCGGUACCAUUUCUGCUUCCAGGAAGGGCCCCGGAACAAAGCGGAAACCAAAGCGUCCUCUGCAACUCUUUGAGUAUGCUGCGUCAAGCCUGCCGCCCACACAGAUCAUUGGCGAAAGCCAACCGUUGAGCCAGAAAGCCGACAUCUGGAAGGCCGGGCAAAGCCACAACUCAGUAAACGGAGUGGUAGAAGAGGAGGUGCAGGUACCGCGCUCGCCCUCCUUCGACCCGUUUCCGCUUCUCGAUGGCAUCUCUCUGACGACCGAGGCUGUCUCCGUCACCCAGGGAUCUCCCGGCAUUGGUCUCCCUCUACAUCCCCGGCCACAUGCAAACUCUGAGACAUCUAUGGAUGGGUUCGAAGGUUUGCUUCGGUUUAGUCCCUCUUACAACGUCGCCGGCAAAACCCAAGGUCUUAGCCAAUGGGAACUCCGGGCAUCCCCACCGGGGAACCUGCUCGGCAUCAGCGCGAGUGACGAUAAGAGCCACACCGACGCAGCAUCGGAUGCGCCGCCCGAAACCGUCUCUCGAGCUUCCAAGGACCGAAACGGGGAGAAGGGAAUCACUUACGAUUUUGAGCCGAGUACGGUUGCAAGGCGCACAUCGCUUUUCCAUGGCCUCCCCUGCAGCAGCGGCGGCGAGGUGGAGUGA